AUGGACAUCGGUCACGGAAAGUACAGUAUCGUACUUGUCAAGCUCAGGUCAAGAGAGAUGAAGUGCGGUGGUGUGGACUGCGCUUCCAGGGAGAAGAAGGACAAGGAGCAAAUGGGCGAGCUGUGGCCCGUUGUGAUCACCAGCACCAUUCAUGCCACCAAGGGGUUGGAGCGGCCAGUGGUGUUUGUGGCGCGUUGGACCCACUACGUGCACGGGGAGCUGCGUCCAGUGGGUUGCUCCGCCAUCGCGCUGCCAAGCGAUGCCGGUGUGGUCGAGCGGCGGAUGCUACAUGACUUUCAGGAUUCCGUUUCCCUGCGAAGCCGCCGUCAUAAGUCUGAACGUAGAUGGAAACCGGGUGGAGAUCAGGCCUUUACGGAAAGCUCUGCACGGCCUGCGCAACGAACGGCAGAUGACGUCGCGCAGUUAGUCGCCUUCCUAUCAGAGCAGCCCUUCUUCACCGGGUUAUCUCCCUCCAGCUUGGAGCUCCUAAGCACAUGCAUGGGAUUACAAUAUGCUGCUCCUGGCGAGGUGGUCCUUCAUGUCGGCGAGCUGACGGACCGAAUGUACGUACUGCUCAGCGGUAGCUGCUGGGUUGUACGGCACUCCCGUCGGGAGGGUUUCGAGCCUCAACCGCCACAGCAACUGAUGCCGGGACAGGCCGUGGGGCUGCUGUGUCUCUACCCCAUGCCGACCUUUGCGCUUACUUUGCUUUGUCCCACUCGCCCCCAGGCUCUAUGUGAAGCAGCAUUGGUUGUCUCGGGCCGUCGCUCGGAUAGCGCAGUAACGGUGGAGGCGACGCCUUUUCCUUCGGCGUUGGCAGCUGCAGUUGGCGGAGCCGAAGAUGAAGGUGCUGGCACGAGCGGCGAAACCGGCCAAGAGGCCUCCGGCGGCGGCGGCGAGGAGAGGGGUAGCAGCAGCUGCGGGGGAAAGCGCAAUGGCGGGGCAGCACUGUUGGUGAUGACCCGGGUGGCCUGGAACGACAUGUGUGCGCGAGCGCCCUCGAAGCGGACCUUGGAGCAGUCGGAGGAUCUGGCGGCACUGCUGAGACUGGUGUUGCCGGGCUUGUGUUCCGCCUCCUCGGGUCCCGUACUCCGUGCCAUGUCCGAGUCUGCCUUCCUGCGCCACCUGCCCCCGGGCACCAUCAUGUUCGAGGAGGCUACCCGGGCGGAGGCGCAGUUCCUGGUGCUGGCGGGAGGGGUGGAGAUGCACUUGCGACACAGGCGCCAGGGCGCUGCCAAUCGCGCCGCACUGCGGUCGGCGCUGCGAAGCGCAGUGGCGGCAGCGCGGGGCAGGAGUGCGCGCGGCAACGCCAAGGGGGGCGGCGAUGCUCAGCCCAAGUCCAUCAGACAGAAGAUCGAGGAGGAGCGGCGGGCUCGUGCGCAGAUCAAGCAGUCCCUGGCGCUGCAGCGGGAGGGGCUGCGCACUCCGAAGGCCCACAGCAGCCGGGUGUCGGGUGCCAGGCAGGUCGAGGAGGAGUUCAAAAAGUGGAUGCUGGAGUUCCUCAGCCGGGUGGGGCUGUGCGAGAAACGAUCUGGCGACACCGCAACGGCUGGUGACGGGGACGGUGGCAGCAGCACCGGGGGCAGGAGCAGAACCGGCCUCAGCCGAACGGUCUCCAUCAAGGCGGCCAAUGCGUGGCGCCGCGCCGCUGCUAAAGCGUUGGCGGCCGGAGGCGACGACGAUGACCACGGCGUGAGGCCUUCGAUCGACCGGAAGGAUACGACACUGUUGGAGUACGAGCGGCGGAAGAUGGAGGAGGCGGGUGGUCUCAAGGACGUAGGCAAUAUGCUGGGCGGUGCGGCUGCACGCAAGGCCUAUAUGCGGGGCCUGGCGGCCAAGGAUGGCGGCAUGUACGAGGAUGAUGAUCCCCAGGAAGAGGAGGGCAGACACACGGGCGCUGGGCUCGCUACACAGGCAUCUCGAAAGGCCGGCGGAGUGCACUGGGACACCCAGCAGGAGCCAGGGCGUGACAACAAGGCCGGCGAAGAGGAGCCGGAUGUGGAUGUGGACGAAGAGGAGGAGGGCGACCCGUAUAUCGACGCUGUGGAGAAAGUCAUGGGCAUCGCCAAGCAAGAAAGUGGCAGCGCUGACAAUGGCAAAAUGUCCACGGGCAGCAGCGCUGUAGCUGGCCAGGGUGGCUCCGGCAGUGGCGUCGGCGGUGGUGGCGGCGACCCAGACGCUGAUGCUGAGGAUCAGCGUACCGCUGAAGAUGUCGACCUCCUGCAACUCAAUGGCGGCGACGAUGCCGCCACCGCGGGUGGUGUCGGCACCAGCACCUCUGGCAGUGCCGCGAGUGGUCCAGGGCCCGACGACGUGGUGGACGACGCGUGUGAGGAGCACUUGGAACAGCUAUAUGGGCCCUGCGGUGGGAGGGUAGAGGUGGGCCAGGUGGCGGGCGAGUUGCCUGCGAUGUUGUUGGACCGGUCCAAGCGAGGUGGCGCACAGCGGACACGGCGGGCACACUCGGCAAUCGCAGGUCCUCUGGGUGCUGAUGUGUUGGUGGUGGCUCUCGAUGCCCUCCGUCGUGGCCACGAGGCCGUCCGGGACGACCUGGUUUCGGAGCGGCUGGCGGUGCUGACGUCACUGGAGCCGCUGAGGGGACUUAGUGACGAACACCAGGCGCAACUGGCGCUGGGGGCAACGGUGGUCAGUCUGGGCGGUAACCAAGUGGUGGUACGGCAAGGUCAAGAUGUGGAUGCGCUGUUUGUCGUACUGGAAGGUGAAGUGCGGCUUCUCGAUGACCCAGACAUCACGCCCUCAGCACCGCCACCGCCGCAACAGAGCCAACAGCCAUCAGCCGCCAUGGCCGCCGGCGCCGGCGCCAGUACUUCGGGGGCCACUGCCACUAGCUGUGGUGCCGGUGCUGGCACCGCCGCCACUGCGCCAGAUUCACCCUUCCGCUCAGCGACUGCCGCGGCAGGCGGCGGCAAGCUGAUGUCGAUAAAGAUACGUAGAGCUGCGGCUGCGCUUGCCGCGCUCACCCUGCUGGGCCCCGGUGGCUCAUUCGGAGAGAACGUGUUGGGCUACCCGGAGGACGUGGCUGCGGCGGCGGCGAAGGCGGAGUCCUGGGAGGACAAUGGUGCCGAGGCGGCUGUCCCAACGUCGCAAUACCUGGCAACGGCGAUGACCUCCCGACCUACUAAGCUGCUGGUGAUGCCGCGGUCCCUCCUGCUCAAGUACGGCUAUCUUCGGUCCUCCCUGCCGCCAUUCGCCCAGCUGCGGAGGGAGGCAAUCAACGGACGGAGGAAGCAGCUCAGGGCGGGAGUGCAGAACCGACCCGCAGCAGCGGCGACCGGGUCGUCCGCCACCACUACAGUGGCACCGGCCGCCGUCAGCAGUGGCAACGUUGGCAGCACUGCCGCCGCUGCUGCCGGCACCGCUGUGCAGUCUGCGGGGGCAAUGGCUCUGGGAUCGUUCCAGACGCCACGACCGCCGCCGCUGAGGCCGUCUGAAGUCCUUGAGCAGCUGGGCUUCAAGCCCGUGCUUCGGAGAAUGUACAACGCCGGCGCCAAGAUUGGCACCUCUGGCGGCGGCAGCAGCGGCAGCGGUCCCAACUCCGCUGCUGCGAUUGCAUCCGGCGGCACUGCCCGAACCCCCAACCCUGCGGCAGCCUCAGCCGGCAGCGUCAGCAGCAGUAACGGCAACAGUGGCACUGGGAGUGGCAUUGGUGUGCCGAACCCUCUUCCUUCUCCUCUCCCGCACCCUCUCAGUAACGGCCUCGCGGCCACCACUGCCGCUGCUGCCGUCGGCGUUGACCGCCAGCACCGACGAGACCUCCUUGCGGCCAGUGCCCUUGCCGCCAACAACCCCCAGAGCCUCUCAAAUGCCAUUGCCCGUGCUCGGGGGGAAGACAUCUCAUCCCUUCCGGUUGUCAUACACAGCUUCACGGCAGCAGCGGCUGCGGCGCAAUCAGGCUAUAGAGCAACGGCCGACGGCGCUUCGACAGCAUCGGAGCUAGCGGUGCCGAGCGUUAACGUCGGCUUGGCGCUGCCAACGCCCUUCUCUAGCAGUGCUGCUGCGCGGAUGCGGCCGUUGCGGCUGUCAGUAUCCGGCGUCGGAACCUUCGUCGCCGACAGCAACACUCCGUCUCCCAUACGGCGCUCCAGCUUAUCCGGCGGCAUGCUGGUCAAUGGCUCGGUUGGUGGCGGUGGCGGCGGCAGCAGCGGCGGUGUCUCCAUACCCGCACUCGCGUCGCCUUCGCCGCUUCGUGGCAGUGGCGGCACCGUGCGCACGCCUUCGAGCUCCACAUCAGCACCCAAUCCCCACGUUGCCUCCGUACAGCUGCCGCGGCUGAGCGUAGCUGGCAACAGCAGCAGCGGCUCCGUCACACCCCUAACUGCGGGUGGCGGCAGCGGCAACGGACGGGCACUGGCACGGCCCAGCCUCCCCGGCGAGCCCUUCUUGGCCCGCCUGGAGGCGGUUGAGGCCAGCCCUAAGAGUUGCUCGCCACAGGCGUCGGGACCUUCCCAAAAUCCAGGAAGGUCCGCAAGCUCCGGGAGUAUUGGCGGCGGUGGCAGUGGCGGUGGCGGCGCGGCCGUGACGCUGCUGGGACAGCGCUCUGGGGGCUACCAGCCUGUGGCGCGGGCGUAG